ACUGAAGCGACAGUUUAUUUUUAAACUUUGUUCGGUUUGGAUGUUCGAAAUAAAAGCGCUCGCAUUGUGAACGCGAAUUAUAAAAUUGGAGCGCCAAACAUUUCUUUGAAAAAGUGCAACAAAACAGUUCUUCAAGUUUUAAGCUUUUUGUCUUAAGCCUGAACAAAUAAAUGCAAAAGGAACUACUAAAAAGGCCAAGCAAUAAAUAUUAGAGUGAAAACUCAAAAGGAAUUUUUUCAACAGUAUUAAUAAAAUAUUUACACAGCAAAGUGAAGUGUCCAGAAUUAUUAUAUGUAGUUAAACUUAAAAAAAUCGAAAAGUCUGGUGUCAACUUGAAACCUUUAGAAAAUUGUAAAGCUACAAUAAAAAUUUGUGUGAUUAAGGAUAAAAUAAAUACAGUGCAGUUGCUGCAGAAAAAAACGGGAUUAUUUGCGAAAAAGUGAUUUAAAGUAGAAUGUGCAUAGAAACUAAUCCCCGAGUUGUUUGAACUGGGAAAAUGACUAAUCGCCAACAAAUGCAUAAAGUGAAUAUUAAAUUACAAGAUUGAAGAAAAUUCUGUAAAUGGCAGUGAUUAUUCGAAUUUAUUAAAUUCCAUUUUUAUUUCUAUUACAUUUGAGUUUUUAAUAAAACACAAACAGCCUCCCCAAUGAAAUGUAAAAGCUGGUCGAAUAAAAUCAACAAUUUUGUUGUGCGUCGCCUGAAAUCAAUAAAGAUAAACGGUCAACAGCAGCAACAAAUUUUAUCGCCGUGCAGCACAAUGCCAGCGAUGCCCAAAGAAAAGGCCACCGCAGUAUCGUUGAAUGAAAAUAAUUUUAGUGAAUUGAAAUUGAAAGAAUUAUCCACAUCCGCCACCGCCGCAACUGCCGUCAUGGCCACCACGGCAACAAGUCGCAUGCAUCAGCAUGCAGCCAACACCCCCACACAUCAUCUUCCCUCUACAGUACAGACUACAACAACGUUGGGCACAGCGCCUCCGGCACAGCAGCAUUGGGCGCAACGUCAAACACAACAACAACAACAACAGCAGCAACAACAUCUGUCACACCAGCAACCGCAGUCCCGCAACAGUGUUUGUGGCUGCGGCACUGCGUCCGCUAUACCGGAGACGGUGGGCAACAUAAAUCAUGCCAGCAGCAAGUAUUUGACAAAUGGACAUUCAUCACCUUUGGCCGCCGCCGUUGCUUCAGCCCAGCAAAACGGUGCUACAUCACCGCAGCAUACGCCGACAUGUUGUCGCUAUCAAUCGCAGCCGCAGCAGCAACACCAACAGAAUGGAUUUAAUGGCGAACAGCAACCACAACCACAACCACAGUUUGCGCGCACAAACAACGGGCAUGCAGGUGGUGGCGCAGCUGCACCCACCACCGCCGCCAUCAACAUCGCCUCGGCUCCCACACUCUGCGCCACGGCGUCAGUCUGCGCAUCGACCUCCCCCACAAAUAAUGUAGCUGUAACGCCGCCAAAGAAAUCGCCAAACGACUACAUCUUUGGCAAGUAUAUUGGCGAGGGCAGCUUCAGCAAUGUGUACCUCGCUGUGGAUGUGCAUACGAAGCGUGAAUAUGCAAUUAAAGUAUGCGAGAAGCGCCACAUCCUGCGCGAGGACAAGCAGGAGUAUGUGCGGCGUGAACGUGAAGCAAUGCACAUGAUGACCAAUGUGCCCGGCUUUGUGAAUCUGUCGUGCACAUUCCAGGACAGACGUUCGCUGUACUUUGUGAUGACCUAUGCCAAGAACGGCGAUCUGUUGCCGUACAUCAACAAGGUGGGCUCCUUCGAUGUGGACUGCACACGCCACUAUGUCGCCGAAUUAGUAUUAGCUUGCGAGCAAAUGCACCGUCGCAAUGUGGUGCAUCGUGACCUGAAGCCUGAGAAUAUUCUAUUGGAUGAAGACAUGCACACACUGAUAGCCGAUUUUGGUUCGGCAAAAAUCUUCAAACCCGAAGAGCGUAUUGCCGCUGCGGCUACGGUGACGGCGACGGCGACGGCGACGACGACGACGUCGCGCACCGGACGCCCACAGAAUCGCAGUGAUGAGGAUGAAGAUGAGGAUGCCGAGGACACCAAUGACACAGGCAGCGAUGAGGAUCGUGCGCACAGUGGGCGACCAGGGCGCUACUACAACCGCCGACGCAAGGGCAGCUUUGUGGGUACAGCGCAAUAUGUGUCGCCGGAAGUUUUACAAAAUGGACCCAUAACACCGGCUGCUGAUCUCUGGGCGCUCGGCUGCAUAGUCUAUCAGAUGAUUUCCGGCCUACCGCCCUUCCGAGGCAGCAAUGACUAUGUCAUAUUCAAGGAAAUUUUAGCCUGCGAUCUAGAUUUUCCCCAAGGUUUCGACAAAGAUGCUGAGGAUCUAGUCAGAAGUUUAUUGAAAGUAAAGCCUGAUGAGCGCUUGGGUGCACAAGACCGUGAUGGCAGCUAUGUGAGCCUCCGCUCACAUCCGUUUUUCAACGGCAUCGAUUUCGUCACAGUGCGGCAGCAGACGCCGCCUCCGAUAUACCCAUACUUGCCGGGCGUUUCGAAAGACGAGGACUUCCGCUCGCAAUAUUGUAUGCCGGAAAACCUCGAACCAGGCUUGGACGACAAGCAGCUGACUCGUUUGCUCGGCAUGGAAUUGGGCACAUCCCUUGGCAGUGGCGACUGCAAACAGAAUGGCAGAGAGAUUGAGAAAAAGACUGUAGUAAAAAGUGACUAUGGAACGCCAACAAUCGGCAAUCACAUGCAUAGCUUAUUAACAUUUUGUUUUCUUAAUGUAGAUAUUUACGACCUUUCGGAUGCUGAGAAGCAAAAACGUUUGGAGCAACAAAAGUCUGACAAGUGGCAUGUCUUCGCUGAUAACGAAGUCAUAUUGAAGAGGGGCUACAUAAACAAACGCAAAGGGCUGUUCGCACGCAAGCGCAUGUUGCUGCUGACAACGGGCCCACGUCUGAUCUACAUCGAUCCCGUGCAGAUGGUGAAGAAAGGUGAAAUACCAUGGAGCGCCGAACUUCGCGUUGAGCCCAAGAACUUCAAAAUCUUCUUUGUCCAUACGCCCAACCGAACGUACUAUUUGGACGAUCCUGAUGGCUAUUCGCUCGAAUGGGUCGAUGCCAUUGAAAGAAUGCGAAAACUCACCUACCCAGACUGCGAUAGCGCGGCGGCGGCGGCGGCGGCGGUGACAACAGCGACAGGCACCUCGCCGAAAUCGUCACAUCGAACAAACUCGCCAACACUCUUCAGCAAUGCGAGCAGCACCUCCGGCGGCAGCAGCAGCAGCAGCGGCAACAUGUUGACGGCAGCUAUCGCCGCUGCAACAGGCCGAACGACGAAAACGGCGUCGAAUUGAAUGAAACGCCAGCCAGAAAUCAUACAUCUACUGAAAACGCAACUAAAAUUUUACAAAACUCCCAAAACGCCAUUCAAAUGCAAACAGAAUUGCAGUUAAAGCCAAGGGGGCGGGCGGGCGGUCCACCACCGUCCGGUCGGUCGGUCCGUGGGCGUAGGCGCAGGGUAAUGCAGCAGCCUGAUAAGCAACUGAACAAAUCGGCGUAGAAGGAGAUAUGCAGUAGUAGUAUGCAAAAGCGAAGAAAAAGGAAGCAAGUUAAGUUGCUGUGUUCACAUCUAAAAAAUGUUUAGAACAAAUUUAGUUGAAAUCAUCAAAUAUCUACAUAAAAUAAAUAUUAAUUACAUAAAAAAAUAACAAUAUCAAUUAAAUUAAUGUAUAGUAUAUACAACUUAAAGAGCAUAGCGAAUAGCUGAAUAGCAAAGCAUAGUUGUAGCAUGAAAACGAAAGGUUAAAUCGCAGAAUUAGUGGAAGAGAGCGAGCGGCAGAAUGGGGGAGAAAAAUAACGGAGGUCAUAGCAGAAAUUUAGUAAACAAUUCUUAGCGAUAUUGUAGCAAAUGCGAGUGCGAUAUGCAACGAAUUGAGUUCAAAUCAAUUCAUCAAUUUGCAUCGAGCAAAACGUAGCGUAGUGUACAUAUGUACAUACAAGUAAAUAAGUGAAUGCGGGUGUGAAACGGUUGAAAAGUUGUAAAUCGAAUUAUAUAUAUUCAAGCAGAAAUAAACAGAUAUAUAUAUGAAUAUGCUAUCUUAACGACACCGAAGCCAACUAAUAUUAAUACAGACAAAUUAUUGCAUGCAAUCACAGAGUAAACAGUUUACAGCGGAAGUUGUCGACUUGGGCCGAAAUCUGAAGUGUGGCACGGUCUGUGUGGCGCUUAAUUUUUUCAAAGCGGACCUUAGUUUUCUGCUUUUCAAUUUCACGAGAUGCUGAAUUCUCCGUUCUGUUUCGGUCGCUAUAUUACGACCAACGUGCGUGAUGCUUUUUUUGUGUACUGUUUAUGCUGUGAUGCAAAAGAUAUAGAUACAAUACAUAUUUACAGCAUUUUCAGCAAGCAUUCAUAGUGUGUGGGUGUGGCGGCGAGCACACUUGCAAACAUACAUACAUGCAUAUACGAGAAGAAAUGUAAUUUAAAUUAAUGUAAUUCUAAUUGUAAACAAAUGUGAAUAUUUUGUAGUUAGUCACAAUUAAAUGAAUUAUACACCAGCAGGGAGGAGAUAUGCAGACAUGCAGAUGUACGUAUGUAUGUACGUUCGUUCGUUCGUUCGUUCGUUCGUUCAUAGAAAAAAUGAGAGAGAAAACUAUUAAGCUAAAACUAUAAAACUAAAACUAAGCGUGCAUACCAUUAACGAUGUUAGAAGCAGCUAGCAAAACAUAUGACACUAGGCAAAGCAAAACAAAGCAAAGCGAAAAGCAGCGCAAUGUGCAAUGCAACGUCAAGUAAACGCAUCCAUAUGUACUACAAUUUAAUUAAAAACGUAUAUAUAAUAACUGUAAUUAUACCAUAUAUUAUACUAUAUAUAUAUAUAUACAUAAAUGAUCAAGCAAAAGAAAAAAGAGGGGGGAAAAUAACAAUUAACAAAAAACACUGCAUACAUGCAGGCGUAUAAAGAGGCGUAAAUGAAAUGAAAAUGUUGUAAUUAUUUAUAAACAACAGUAAUGAGAUACAUACAUAUGUUAACUGCAAAAAUUAUGAUUACCCCAAUUAUUCAUGCAACAAUUCAAUACUUAUACAUAUAUAUGUACAUACAUCAGAACGAAUGUUUACGGAAGAGACAACGGGGUAGUUGACUAACACACGCGGUGGGCCAUUUGCCCCGUUGCUGCUGGGUGAUUGUGCUGCUGCGCGAGGCAAGGAAGCGUGUUGUAACGCAUAAGGUUUAGUUUCAUCGGCCAUUGUAAAAACUAUUUAGCAUUUAAGCUUGUAAAGAGACAACGUGCAAUGAUAGCCGGCUAGGUUGUCGACAAAUAGAUGGCGCGAAAGACGGCGAUGAUAUAUGUACAUAUGUUGAUUGCGAAAGAAGCAUGCCGUUAAGUUGUAUGAUGGGAAUUGCUAGUACUAAAUAAUUGUAGUUGUACUAAGUAAUUGUAAAGAGUUAGUUACACACACACACACACACACACACACGCGAAAGAAAAUAAUUAACAUCCAAUCUGCUGCGUGCGCGGGGGCACUCACGGCCGCUGGUCUAACCAUCGUUUUUGUUGGGCGCCAGUGCGUGCGCGUGCAUACAACAUUUAGCUAAAUUACAAAAUAAUUAACUAAGGAAAUAAAACAUAAAAAAUAAAAACUAUUUUUAUGCGAUUAGAAUGAAUUUUAAGCGUUGCAAAUGUAGUGUGUUCAUAGCUAUAAGCUGUAAACUGUAAAUUGUACAUUGUUUUUAUGCAAAAGCCACUGCUGCUAGCGCCCUGCGUGCAUGCGUGACGUGAGGCAGAACCUGCAUCUGCCCACACGCCCUAUGGCGUCGCGCCAGCCCCCCCGCACACGCACGCCCCCUCGCACACAAACACACAUACAUAUACACGCGUACGCCGCCGCCGUGUUCAAACUUAGUUUUGUGCUACCGAUUUGAUUUAGACUUUUGCCUUUGCAUUUUCGUUUUUUUUUUUGUUUUCAUGCGACAAUUUGAACAUACAUACAUGCAUAGAUGAUAUUUAAACAUUCACAAACAGUUUAAUGGUUUGUUCAAUUUUAAUGAGGAGAAGUUUAGUCGAAUUUCAUAGAUCUUGUAUAUUCUUUUUGUUUUCUAGCGUUCUUCUUUUUCUUUGUUUACACUCUUGAACUUUUGCCCUAAUAACGCAACGCAUAAGACUUGAAUCUAAUUGUAGACAAAACAAAAAGCAACAACAAAACAAGUACUAUAUGGAAAGAUAGCAAAACAAAACAGAUAGCAAACAAAAUGCAACUAAAAUGUAACCAAGCAGAAACAAGAAACAACAACAACAGCAAUAACAGAAAUAACAAAGUAACUAAACUAUUUGUAGAACAAAAUUGACCUCCUAGUGGAAAAAAAGCAAAGCCAAGCAAGCAAAAGCUACUGAGAUACCGUUGAAAAUGAUCUAAAAAUCGUAAAUUCUUUUUGUAUUGCAGAAAAAAAAAACACACAGAAACAGAACGAAGAUCAAUUUCAGUUAAUUUUUUUUUUUUAAUUGAUUUAAUUUUGGGUUUUUUUGUACGACAAGAAAACAAAAAACAAAUAAACCAAAUUAACUAAAUGAUACUAGCAAAAAUAUGAAACUCGGAUGUGUACGAAGCUGAAAGCAUGAAUAUUUCGAAAGUUAUUUUUCUAAAGAAAUUAAACGAAAAAAAAAAUGAAGAAAAACAAAAAGAAAAUAAUUUCUU